CUAACUCCCUCUCUCCCUUCGCAGGCCACAGCGACGGACCAGCUGGUUGGGUUCGGCUUGGUCGCCUUCAGCCUCGUCCUGUUUGUUUACUACACCCUCUGGAUCAUCGUGCUGCCCUUCAUCGACAGCAACCAUGGGAUCCACCAGUACUUCCUGCCCCGGGAAUACGCAGUUAUCAUCCCCGUGGUGGCUGGGCUGCUGCUGGUGCUAUUUAUAGGUGUUUUUAUAAUGAUCGUGAUGUGGAAGAGCAGGAAAGCUGCCAAGAAAUCAGACUGAAGGCCCGGCUGAGAUGAGGAGAAGGUGCCCACCCUGUGGCAUCGUAGCCAGGAAAAGACUUUUCCUGCAGCUCUGGGCAGAUGCCUCCUCCAGGGCGCCCAAGCUGCUCCCACGUUCCUUCCAGCAGAGACUAAACCACCUGUAGUUUACAACUUACUGACCAAAGGGAAGCAGGACUCAUCCAAAGCUCAUCAAGAGAGGGACCAGAGCCCUGCUGAGGGACCUGCUCCACAGCUGGAGCUGCCCUGCCCAGCCUCUGGACACUCCUUCCCCUCUGCUCUGACCCUGCCCAGUAGUUUGUUCCUUCUCGGGUUUUUUAAACGUUUACAUACA